AUGCAGCGAUUGUGGACUUCAGGCGUUUCUUGGGAUGAACCUAUUCCAACUGAUAUUGGUGUGGCAUGGUCUCGAUUUCAAUCUGAAUUGCAUUUAAUCGAAAAUAUUUCUAUUCCUCGUCGACUUACCCAUGACAACAUUGUCUGUGUCCAACUACAUGCAUUUUCUGAUAGCUCAGAAAGAGGUUGUAAAAACAUCUAUACGGAUCGAUUAGAGGUGGAUGAGAUACACGCGUGGACAGAUUCGACCACGGCGUUAACAUGGAUUCGUUCGUCACCUCAUCGUUGGGCCACCUUUGUCGCCAAUCGGACGAGCCAGAUCCAAGACUUAAACCUACCUUCAAUUUGGCGUCACGUUCCUACUCAGGAGAACCCAGUAGACUGCGCUUCUUGUGGCUUGUUUCCUUCAGACCUUGUUAAACAUCCACUAUGGUGGAACGUUCUUUCGUUUUUAAGGCUACCAUCUAAACACUGGCCACUUGCUCCUAUUGCUCAGCAAGAAGUUGACGAUUGUAUUCAUUCAGAAGAAAAAAAACCUGUUGUACUUCUUGUUGCUAUAAAAUUAUCAAUAUUAAAUUUACUCGAUCGUUUUUCUUCUCUCAUCAAAAUUUGUCGUAUUGUAUCUUCUUGUCUUCGAUUCACCCAAUCACGCUCAUUAGUUGCACAAACACAAAUCAUCAACGCUGAAGAGAUUUCUCGUGCACUUUGUGCACUUGUGUAUUGUGUCCAACUGAGUUCCUUUUCCGAUGAGAUAGCACUACUCCAGAAGGGUUUAUCCUGUUCCAAGUCUAUUCGUCAACUAGAUCCAUUCAUUGACGAGAAUGGUAUUGUCAGAGUGGGCGGUAGACUUGAUAACGCUGACAUUCCAUAUGCUCAUAAGCACCCAAUGUUGUUGCCUUCAAGACAUCGUUUGACAGACUUGAUUAUUGACCAUCAUCAUUUGCGUUUGAAACAUCCAGGUUUAAAUACACUUCAAGCCAAUUUAAAACAAGAGUUUUGGAUACUAUCGUUUCGAAAAGCCAUUCAUUCUCGCUUACGUUCUGACGUUGAUUAUGCAGGUCCUAUACUGUUAAAAGGUCCUCGAGAACGUUCAAAUGCUGGUACAAUGGCUUAUAUCUGCUUAUUCGUUUGUACUGCGACGAAGGCUUACCAUUUGGAAUUAAGUUUAACUCUGUCCACUGAAACUUUUCUUCUAGCGUUUACUCGUUUUGUAGCACGCCGAGAUCCGAUCAAGGAAAUUCACAGCGAUUGUGGGACAAAUUUUGUCGGUGCGUCAAAAUUAUUAAAGCCAUUGGAAGAGUUAAUUCAUUCGUCAUCUUUUCAACAACGCGUUCAAACACAUUUAGCUGCCAGUCAAAUUAGUUGGCAUUUCAAUCCGCCAUCGUCACCUCAUUUUGGAGGAUUAUGGGAGGCCGGAGUGAAGUCUGAUUAA